AUGGCUGAACAUAAGACCAUCCAGAAGCACUUCCUCGCGGCCUUCCGCAGCAUGCGCUGCCUCUCCUGUGGCCACUACGCUACCAAAGGCAAGAUCUUCCGCAGAAUUAUCAAAACCAUCUCCUCCGAGGCAUAUCUUGGUGUAAAGACAAUUACACUACACUGCAAGUGUCCCGGCUGCACCACCGCGAUCAUCAUCGAAACCGAUCUCAAGAACGGGGACUACCGUAUCGUGAAGGAGGCGAGAUCAGAGCAGCGAAUGCAAAAAGAGAAAAAGUGA